AUGGCAAGUGCAAACGAAACAGAAAACUAUGAUAUGAACGAAGUCCAACCUCCUCGGGAAAUAGCGCAUAAUCACAUGGAUAUGCAAAUUGAAAAGUUAUUACAAAAAUCCAUUGCAAUUCAACUGAAAGCUUUCAAAGUGGACUUCUCCAAGUUAGCAUUCAACCAAUUAACAUUAUUAGUUGAUGAUCAAUUGAAUUCUUUAAUAACCGAAUUACAUCGUCUUUCUUUAUUGCAAAGACGUAAUUCAAUGGCUAAAGUGGAUUUGGAAUUAUGGAUGAGAGGGUUUAACAUUAAUCCAUCAGAUUUAAAUUAUCAAUAUGAAUCAUCUAAAUAUAUCCAAGAAAAAUUAUCUGGAAAGGAAUAUCGAAUAUUGAGAGAUUUAAAUGAAGAAGUUGUAAAACAAAGAACUCAUAUAAUGGAAAGUUCAACUUCAGACGAUAAUUAUGAUUUAACAAAACAAUUCCGUAAUAUUUCAGAUGCGACGGAUUCAUCAAAUAUUUUAAUUAAACCAACUAACCCAUUCAAAGGAAUCAAUAUUUCAUCAUGGUUACCAAGUUUCCCACCUGAUCAUACUUACAAAUUUACUCCACAAUUUAAUAAUCCAAUAACUGAUGAAAAAUUAAUAAAGCAGAAAUUAGUAGAAGAGGGAACUAAAUCUGAAAAAGCUUUGUUGAAUUUCUUAAAAAAUAUUUCGAAUGCCAAGAAAGGCACAAGCAUUGCUCCUAUGACUAUACCGCCAUCACCAUCAUUAUCAAAUGAAGGGCCUAUAACAGAUACUGAUGAAGAAGAAAAACAAGCCAAAAAUGAAAAAGAAAAAGAACAGGAAGAUACCGUCAUAAUCCCAAAAGAUAUUGAUAUGAACUUAGCUAAUGAAGAAACUCUUGCAAUAUAUGGUACCAAAUCUCAAUCAUACGAGAUUGAACGUGAUUCCUCCUCGAAACCAAAUAUAAUAUCUAUCCAUGAUGAAAAAAUUGUUAAUUUCUUUGGUCAUUCAUCAUCUGAUAAAAAAUUCGACGUAAAUAAAUACUCUCAUCACAGAGUAGAAUUAGUAAGGAAAAAAGUUGAAGCUUUUGAAAAUAAAAAAUUAAGAUUAGAAAAAAAUCCCUUUUUAAAAUUAUCAAAAUUAGUAUGUUUAGAAAAGGAAGACUACUACGACUAUGACAACGACGAAGAUGAUCUUGAAGAACGGAAAAACUAUAAUAAUAACAAUGAUAAUGACAAUAGAUUAUCUCCAAUACGUAAAAGAGCACAAAUUAAUAAUGAAAUAAUAUCAAACCUUAAGAGAUCCUUCUAUUCAAUUUUGAACAAUUAUCCAAAAUUGAAGAAAGCUAAAAAACAAAGAGUAAAAUUAGCUAUUGAAAAGAGAGAUCAAAGAUUACAGGAAUUGAGGAAGAUUCAAGAAGAAGAAAGGAAAGUGAAAGAACAAAAAUUAUUAACAAAGUCUGAGAAUCCACUUUUAUCUAGUAACACAUCUAUUGUAUUCAGUACACAUCCUACAGAUAUUGCUGACGUUGAAGCUGAAGGUGAAGAUGGAUUAGGUCUAUUUGCAGGGCUGGGAAGUAGUGAAGAAGAAGAAGAGGAGGAGGAGGAGGAGGAGGAGGGAGAGCAACAAACUGCAACUACACACAAUGUCCUUCAACAAUUGGGGAGUCAACGAAAAGAAAAAGAAGGUACAAUGACAACGACGGGGAAUACCUCUGUUAAAAUAGGAGAGAAACAAACAGACAUUAGUGUGGAACCCAAUAAUCAUGAAACUACAGAAGGCUCAACUCAAGAUAUACGAACGACUGAAGAACAAACAAAUGUCGAACAAGCGAAGCAGAAACCUACUGAUGGACAGGGGAAAGAAGAAUUGGAAGACGAAGAGGAGGACGAUUUUGAUGAUCACAACUUUUUAUUCGAAGAUGUAGUGACCAGCGAAUUCGACAAGCCUGGUGAAGACAAUAAAUCCACCAUAGUACCGAAUACGAAUGCAGAUAUUGAACUCAUAUAG